AUGACGUCCAGCUUCCGACUUGUGAGCAUUGCUCUUCUUUUCGCUUGGCUCGUUAGCCUUGCUGCCGGGGAAUACCUCGUCGACACUGCUCUCGACGACAGAGACCGCGAGAUGCUCCAGCUCUCACGCAAGUCUCAGGCUAUUCGGCACAACAUCGCUGGAGCCGUGAUGGAGCCUGCGUCGCUCGCGGCGAAUCUGGACGUCAAGGACUUUGCCAAUCGUGCGCGGGAAAUCGCACGCAAGCGAGCGAUCUACGUGGGCACGCGGAACCAGCUGCGCAUGAGCCCAAAGAUGGUCGGCGACACGCACACGUACUACUACACGGUGAUCCAUCCCAUCGAACCUCUGGGCGCCGACAUGAGGCUGCAGGACAAGAUGGCCACGAUUCUGUUGAGGUACUCGGCCCAAACGGGUAGGAGCAGCAUCGUGCAUGUUGGCACCAUCAGACGUGACCCGCGGGUCGUGUGGGACUUCAAACCGCUAUCAUACUUCCUAGCCCACUACUAG